AUGGAAUUUAAUUCACCAAAAUCAGAGUGUUCGGAAUUGAACACAAAAGGGUUUGAAGUACCCAAUAAUCUAUUACUUUCAACAACCAAGAGUAAAUAUCCAAGGAGGGGUGGUAAGGUCAUAAAUGACUGCAAUACAACUACAUCGGGAGCUGCAUUAAUUGAUUCUAACAUUGAUGCAUUGCUGGAAGAACCAUUGAUUCCCUCACCACCUUUAUCACCUAGGUUGAGCUUUUCUAAGGAUCGCAAUUCUCCAUUAUUUGAAUACGAAUAUGACUCCAUGGAAAAGGCACUUCAGGACGUAGAUGAAGACAAUGAUAAUAAUAAACUAAUCUUAUUGGCUCCAUCGUGGUUACCAACACAAACAAAGAUUAAUAAUAGGAGAGAUACAAUGAGGUUCUUAUCUCAAUAUAAAAUGUUUGAUUCUUUGACUCUUCCCAAUAGGAGGGCCACAACAUAUACCCCAAAAUAUUAUUAUCGUAGGCAACACAAUAGAUCGACCUCAUCAGAACAGGAAAUACAUAGUUCUUACAAUUUAAGGACAAGCCCAAUUAAAGCUCACUCUCAUGAAAGAGAUGAAAUAUAUACAAACAAGAGAAGAAUAGUGAAACCACAUCGUCAUAACGUUAAAGUCGUGAGGAGGUCAAAGAAUACAUCGUCGAGGAGUCCAACAUCACAUUUAUCACAUUCAAGUCCAAAUCAAACUUUAGCAUCGGCAGCUAUUAUUAGUAAAAUACCUCAAUAUGUUCCUAAUGUUUCUUGGAGUCAAAUACCAGAUUAUUCACCUCCAAUUGAUACAAUCCCUUGGGAUAAUAAUAAAUGUCUAAGGGUUGAAUGGAGAGGGUCACCCAUGGAUCUAUCUAAUGAUCCAUUGGUUGAUAAAUUGCAUCCUGCAGAAGUUCAAUUGGCUCAGAUAUUAAGAUUGCCAUGCGAUUUAUAUCUGGAUUCAAAAAGAAGGUUAUUCCUAGAGAAAGUUUAUAGAUUAAAACUAGGAUUACCCUUUAGGAGAACUGAUGCCCAAAAGGCUUGCAGAAUUGAUGUUAAUAAAGCUUCAAGACUUUUUGCCGCAUUUGAAAAAGUGGGUUGGUUAAAAGAUAAUAAUUUUCAAAAAUAUUUAUGA